UAGGACUCCUUAAAUGCGCUGGUCUUGGACUUGGACUACCCGGCACUUCGCAAGAACAAAAACAUCGAAACCUUCUUAAACAGAUAUGAAAAAGUCGUAGUGGAGCUGCGAGGCCUCCAGAUGAAAUCUGAAGACUUUGAAAAAGUUAAAGUCAUUGGUCGAGGGGCCUUUGGUGAAGUCCAGCUGGUCAGACAUAAAGCAUCAAAGAAGGUCUACGCCAUGAAGCUGCUAAGCAAGUUUGAGAUGAUCAAGCGCUCCGACUCUGCGUUCUUCUGGGAAGAGAGAGGCAUCAUGGCGUUUACCAACAGUCCCUGGGUUGUGCAGUUGUGCUGUGCGUUCCAAGACGAGCACUACCUCUACAUGGUGAUGGAGUACAUGCCAGGAGGAGAUCUGGUCAACCUCACCAGCACCUACGACGUGCCGGAGAAAUGGGCCAAGUUCUACACGGCCGAGGUUGUGAUGGCGCUAGACGCCAUCCACUCCAUGGGCUUCAUCCACCGCGACGUCAAGCCAGACAACAUGCUGCUGGACGGACAAGGACACCUGAAGCUGGCCGACUUCGGCACGUGCAUGAGGAUGGACGCCACUGGCAUGGUGCACUGCGACACGGCCGUCGGCACCCCAGACUACAUCUCCCCCGAGGUGCUGAAGUCUCAGGGAGGAGACGGUUAUUACGGGAGGGAGUGCGACUGGUGGUCCGUAGGGGUCUUCAUUUUUGAGAUGCUUGUCGGUGACACUCCGUUUUACGCCGACUCUCUGGUGGGAACCUACAGUAAGAUCAUGGACCACAAAAACUCCCUGAAUUUCCCCGAUGAUGUGGAGAUCUCCAAGGAUGCCAAGGAUAUCAUCUGUGCCUUCCUGACUGACAGGGAGGUGCGGUUGGGCAGAAACGGCGUGGAGGAAAUCAAGCGACAUCCUUUCUUCAAAAAUGACCAGUGGACUUUCGACACCAUCAGAGGCACGGUCGCUCCGGUGGUUCCAGAGCUGAGCAGCGACAUCGACACCAGUAACUUUGACGAGAUAGAAGACGACAAAGGCGACGUAGAGACAUUCCCCACACCGAAGGCCUUUGUUGGAAAUCAGUUACCAUUUGUUGGCUUCACUUACUUCAAAGAAAACCAAUUACUAUGUGCCCCCAACAAUUCGUCUGUGGCUCAUGAGAAUUCAAAAGGAGAGUCGGCAGCCCUUCAGAAGAAACUCCGCCACCUAGAGGUGAAGCUGAACAACGACAAGCAGGCCAAAGACGACCUGGAGCUCAAAUACAGAACCGCUACCGGCCGCCUAGAAAAAAUAACCAAAGAGCUGGAGGAAGAGGUGAGCGGCAGGAAGAACCUGGAGUCGAGCCUCCGGCAGCUGGAGAGAGAGAAGGCCCUGCUGCAGCACAAGAGCCUGGAGAGCCACCGCAAGGCCGAGAACGAGGCCGACAGGAAGCGCUGCCUGGAGAACGAAGUCAACAGCCUUCGAGAUCAGCUGGAUGAGUUGAAGAGAAGAAACCAGAACUCACACAUUUCCAACGAGAAGAACAUUCAUCUGCAGAAACAGCUGGAGGAGGCCAACACAUUGCUGCGUGCCGAGUCUGAAGCUGCGGUGAGGCUUCGCAAAGCCCAGACGGAGAACAGCAAGCAGCUGCAGCAGCUGGAGGCCAACGUGCGCGAGCUGCAGGACAAGUGCUGCCUGCUGGAACGCAGCAAGCUGAGUCUGGAGAAGGAGGGAAUCAGCCUGCAGGCGGCGCUGGAGGCGGAGAGGAGGGAGCACAGCCAGGGAUCAGAGACCAUCAGCGACCUGAUGGGACGUAUAUCUGGCCUGGAAGAGGAGCAGCGCCAGCAGAGACAGGCUCUGUCCAAAGCUGACACUGAAAAGAGACACCUUCAGGACAAACUCACCGACAUGGAGAAGGAGAUGAGCAACAAGCAGAUCGAUCUGACCUACAAGAUGAAGGUUCUGCAGCAGGAGCUGGAGCAGGAGGAGACGUCUCACAAGGCCACCAGAGCUCUGCUGGCAGACAAAAGCAAGAUCAAAGUAACAAUCGAGGGUGCCAAAUCCGAGUCCAUGAAGGAGAUGGAGCAGAAGCUGUCGGAGGAGCGAGCGGCAAAACUCCGGCUGGAGAACAGAAUACUGGACCUGGAGAAACACAGCAGCAUGAUGGAUUGUGAUUACAAACAGGCCUCGCAGAAACUAGACGAGCUGCGGGGGCACAAGGACCGUCUCACUGAGGAGGUGAAGAACCUGACGCUGAAGAUCGAGCAGGAAACCCAGAAGCGAAACCUGACCCAGAACGACCUGAAGGCCCAGAACCAGCAGCUCAACAUCCUGAGAGCGUCGGAGAAGCAGCUGAAGCAGGAGAGCAACCACCUGCUGGACAUCAAGUGCAGCCUGGAGAAGCAGAACCAGGAGCUACGCAAGGAAAGACAAGACACGGAUGGACAGAUGAAAGAACUACAGGACCAGUUAGAGGCCGAGCAGUAUUUCUCUACUCUCUAUAAGACUCAAGUUCGAGAACUGAAGGAAGAAUGUGAGGAGAGGAACAAACUGUACAAAGAAGUGCAGCAGUCACUCCAGGAGCUGCAAGAGGAGAGGGACUCUCUGGCAGCUCAGCUGGAGAUCACGCUGACCAAGGCCGACUCGGAGCAUCUGGCCCGCUCCAUCGCUGAGGAGCAGUACUCGGACCUGGAGAAGGAGAAGAUCAUGAAGGAGCUGGAGCUGAAGGAGAUGAUGGCCCGCCAUCGCCAAGAGCUGGCAGAGAAGGACAUCACCAUCAACUCGCUGGAAGAGGCCAACAGGACUCUGACCAGCGACGUGGCAAACCUGGCGAAUGAAAAAGAGGAGCUGAACAACAAACUGAAGGAAGCACUUGAAGACUCUGAGAAGUCUAAGGAUUGGGAGCAGCAGAUAAGCCAGAUGAAGCAGAUGUUUGAGAAGCAACUGCAGUCCGAGAGAACGCUGAAAACUCAGGCGGUCAAUAAGCUGGCAGAGAUCAUGAACAGGAAGGAAUUGCGCGGUGGAGGCAGUCGCCGCGGCAACGACACAGACAUGCGUAGGAAAGAGAAGGAGAACAGGAAGCUGCAGCUGGAGCUGAGGUCGGAGAAGGAAAAGCUCAACAGCACCAUGAUCAAAUACCAGAAGGAGAUCAAUGAAAUGCAAGCACAACUGGCAGACGAGAGCCUGAUGCGUGUGGAGCUUCAGAUGGCUCUGGACAGCAAGGACAGUGACAUCGAGCAGCUGAGGAACCUCCUGCAGACGCUCAGCGUCCAGUCCAUGGAUUCUGCCAGCGUCAGCAGCGGGCCCGACUUUGACACCGAUGAUAUGUACACGGAAACCAGGCUGGAGGGUUGGCUCUCUCUUCCCGUCAGAAACAACACCAAGAAGUUUGGGUGGGAGAAAAAGUAUGUCGUGGUGAGCAGCAAGAAGAUUCUUUUCUACAACAGUGAACAAGACAAAGAGCAGUCUAUUCCCUACAUGGUGCUCGAUAUCGACAAACUCUUCCACGUGAGGCCUGUCACUCAAACAGAUGUGUACCGCGCGGAUGCCAAGGAAAUUCCCAGGAUAUUCCAGAUUCUUUAUGCCAACGAAGGCGAGAGCAAAAAGGAGCCGGAGUUUCCGGUGGAGCCUCUGGCCAUCGGGGAGAAGUCCAGCUACAUCUGCCACAAAGGCCACGAGUUCAUCCCCACGCUGUACCACUUCCCCACCAACUGUGAGGCGUGCACCAAGCCGCUGUGGAACAUGUUCAAGCCCCCGCCGGCCCUGGAGUGCCGGCGCUGCCACAUCAAGUGCCACAAGGACCACAUGGACAAGAAGGAGGAGAUCAUCGCUCCUUGCAAAGUGAACUACGACGUGUCUACGGCCAAGAACCUGCUGCUGCUGGCCACCUCCCAGGAGGAGCAGCAGAAGUGGGUGAGCCGCCUGGUCAAGAAGAUCCCCAAGAAGCCGCCCCCGCCAGAGCACUUUGCACGCUCCUCGCCGCGCGCAUCCAUGAAGGUUCAGCCCAGCCAGUCCAUGAGGAGGGCCAGUCGACAGCUCCCCACCAGCAAGAGCAGUUAACUGUACGGGAGUGUGAUGCUUCUCCGAGGUGGUGCGGUUUGCUUCCUCCAAGGCUCCAUCUGCAGAUCCGAACACUGAACUCUCCACCACGUCACCAGCAGCAGCCACCGCCCCCCCCCCCGUCCUGCCGCGGCCCCUCUCCCCCGCCGCUGCGUUCCUCCUCCAGCCACCUCACCGCCAUCGAGUUACCGCACGCUUCUCUGCGAGCGAGGCGGCCCAUGAAGGUUUCAGCCAGAGUCCCUCCCGUGGGUCACUGGCCAGAGUGAUUUUUGUGCUUGCGGGGGCAGAAACUGAGCAGAACCGAGCUCUUUAAAGCUCUUAAGAUGACUGGCAAGGAGAGGAUUCAUUUACCUCAACCGUUCUCACUGACGGAAGGACCCGGUAGGAACACUCCUCCACGUCACCUUUGGGGGAUUCUCAAGGCCAAAAAAAGAAUAAAAAAAACAGGAAGGGACAAUCUGUAAGGAUUGUGGACCGUAUGAAGGGUUUAAAGGGGAACACUACACUUGUAUUUUUGUUGUUUGCGGUUGCUGAAUUUGAUCCCAGGUAGUGUUGUUAUACGUUCAAGCUAUUUAACAUGAUGAUUGUAGCUUCUCACAGUUCUUUCCACAGUUUUUUACUUCCAGGUGAUCACAGAGUCCCGAAUAAGGUACUUGCUUGUGAUUUCUUUAACUGUGAUCUCUGGAGAAGUCGCCGCGCGUUGGGGAUGCAGCGUCUGAUUCCUCCUGGAGUUUUGUGCAAAUCCUUAUCCGAGUGCCUCUUAUUCAGAUUCCUGAUGGUCAGUCACGCCGUUUUGUCCUGCAGUCACGAUUCCCAGCGAGCAGAAAUCCUGCUCCAGUGGCGUCAGAGUGAAGGUCAAGACGUAUAACCUUCCCCACCCGUACUGUCAGAUCUGAGGGUCAAAGCUUCUCGUAUCCCGGCUCGGCUCUGUUAGUUUGUUUUGAAUGUACAUCUGGGGCUUUCCCAGACGACACACAGGCAUUGUAUGACCAAAAUAUACUUGACUUAAACCCCCCCCCACCCGUCAUUGGCUCCGAGGGAACGUGCAUGCACGCGCUUUUUUAAGCCCUGAAGUUGCUACACGGACUAAAACUUUGUUUUUUAGACAGUAUUGACGACGAAAAUGGAGUAAUGAAGUAUAAACAAUGAAGGUAUGCAAUUGAAUUCUGGUCCCACAAGACAAAAUACUGAGCAGCACAAGUCCGUUUAAGGGUUUUCUAAAAAAUGUUUGUCCUGAUAUUUUUGUAUUAAAGUAACCAAGCGCUUCCGUUUGGACACAUUGUUGUGUGUAUUGUGAAUUAUACAGCCGAUGGAGAGUGAACUGUGUGAGUGUACCGAGUGCUCUCCUUUAAUCAAGAAGCAUGUUUUAUACAUAUAAAUAUCCACAGUAUAUAUUUUUACAUGCCAUACAGUGCACAUUAUAUUAUUUAUGCUGCCUUGUCCACUUUGUAUUUAAGGGCUUUUCAUCCAGAUUGCAUGUUUGCUACAAACAGCUCUUUAAUAAUAACCACUUCAACAAUAAAGACAUGGAUGUGC